AUGUGGUCUUUACUGUGUCAAGCCUUCACCACCCCAGCACUCAUCCACACCCUGCCCCAGCCUAGGGCUCAGAGCUCAGAGCCUGCCUGCAUCUAUUCGUCCCUUAUCCUGAAUGAUGGGGUGACAGCUCUGGCCAACGUCAACAUCGGGAGCCUCAUCUGCAACGUAGGGGCUGGUGGGCCUGCGCCAGCAGCUGGUGCUGCCCCAGCAGGAGGUCCUGCUCCCACCACCCCUGCCCCAGCUGAGGAGAAGAAAGUGGAAGCAAAGAAGGAAGAAUCUGAGGAGUCUCAUGAUGACAUGGCCUUUGGGCUUUUUGACUAA